AUGCUUGAAAUCCUCAAGGGAAUCCGCGUACCCAGCGAGAAUCUGUCCGACGUUUUAGACUCCGAUAGUUCGGACAGCGAUGACGAGCUCCCUUCCUUCGAUGGCCAACCCGGUCACGACGCAUCGCAAGCCGAUAAGCAACCUGGAUUGCAGAUCCUCUUUUAUCUCGAUGACGAUGCGUAUUCCGACAGCGGCAUAUCGCAAACAACUUUCGGGACAUCUGCGACUGAAGAUCCGAACGCCGUUGAGCACAAGCUGAGACGUCCACCAAUACCUAAAGAGGGUCGAGAUGGUUUUCCGUUUGAGUGUCCAUUCUGCUUCUUGAUCAUUACCGUUUGGAGAAACACGUAUACUCAGACCUCCGUCCCUACGCCUGCUCCUUCGAGGACUGCAAGACCCCCGAUCGCCUCUUCGAAUCUCAGCAUCAGUGGUUCGAGCAUGAAACAAAGAUCCACGGCCGCAUUUGGCAGUGUAUUGAUGGCUGCGACAAAACCUUCCAAUCGAGUUCUGCUUUCCAGGAUCAUCUGCGGGGGGGCUCACACCGGACUCGUUAGCGAAACGCACCUAGCCGCCUUUACGGGCAUUUGUGAACGGAAGGGGAAGCCAAGUGGUCCGAUGGAGUGCGCAUUCUGUGGCCAAUCUAUCGACCCUCAAAAACGGCCGCAGAAGCACAUUGGACGACAUCAUCAGCAACUGGCGCUUUUCGUCCUUCCCGCGCAGAACGAUAGUCAAGACGAAGAUGAGGAUGAAAACAACAAAGAAGACGAACACGAGACUAAUUCUAGCAACGCGUCUGCUGAAGGUCUUCCAGACCCAUUCCAUGAAAUCGAUCACAAAUUUGAUACUGGCGAUGCAUCUUGGAUCUAUCUUCCAGCCCCAUUCCCCGACAACGAGGACGAAUCUGAUUCCAGCAACGCGUCUAUGGAAGCCCUUCUCCCCCCCCCACCUACUUGAAGAGAGGCUCGUUCCCCCCAUUCGAAUAAUCGUCACAGAAGCAUACAAAGAUGACCAAACACAGCAUGAUGACUCAGAAUCGACAUCAAUCGCAUUCGACAAGAGCGACAAAAUAUGCCGCGAUAUAGAGAUUACGGAAGUUCAAGGUGUUCACAAAGCAGGUUCUGUUUGAUUUUUACGGCGUUGACCAGCCCUAAGCGCGAUUAAAGAAGAUUUCCUGGCCAGUUUUUGCUUAAAUGCCACUGAAAAUUCCCACAGACUGCUCUACAGAG